AUGGCUGGUCUCUGGGAGACUUUUGCCUAUGCUUUCCGCGCUCUUGGCUCCAAGGAUCAACAGUCUGCUGGAAUUGCACUUGUUGCUCAGAUCUUGGUCUUGGUAGCGCCCAUCUGGGUCAAUGCCUUUGCAUACAUGGUCUUUGCUCGCAUCGUCCACUUCUACUCGCCCACCCGCAAGGUCUGGGUCCUGUCGCCUUCUAUUCUGGCUCUCAUCUUCGUCUCCCUGGACAUUCUCUCCUUUGUCAUUCAGCUCGUCGGUGGCGGAAUGGCUGGUCCAGGCGCAAGUCCCGAGUCUCAGAAAAAGGGCUUGAACAUUUACAUGGGUGGUAUUGGCAUGCAGGAGGGCUUCAUUAUUCUGUUCUUGGGCUUGGUCAUCAAGUUUCAUCGCGACCAGCUUCAGGCAGAAAGAGCCGGACGUCUGAAUGCCGACAAGGCAGGCGGCUGGAAAUGGUUGAUCUGGGCCCUCUACGCAUGCUUGCUGGCCAUCACCAUUCGCAUCGUCUACCGCCUCGCUGAGUUCUCCGGUGGCCUGGGCGCAAGCAACCCUCUGCCAAGUAAUGAGCCCGUCCUGUACGUCUUGGAGUCGACUCCAAUGUGGCUGGCCAUUCUUGUGUGGAACAUUGUUCAUCCUGGUCGCUUCAUUCAAGGUCCAGAUGCCAAGAUGCCGCGCUCGUGGCUGUCGCGCCAUCUCUGCUGCUGCUGCCACAGACGUCGCUGUGAUGACUGCCAUGGCAAGCUCGGACAUGCUGGACCUCACCACCACAGCUUGUCGGGCAACUCUGAAGUGGAGGAAAACCGAGAGAUGAACCCCGUCUCGAAGAAACAAAGAGGUCGUGUUUCUGUCACCGCGGCCAACCCUUUUCUGGACGCACAGUCUCGCGACUCUUCUCCCACCGGUGACGCCAGAGAGCAGCUCCGACUUCGCCCGCCACCAGCUGCCGACAAUCAUCGCGAAGUCAGCCCCGAGCCGCAUGCAUACACUGCAUACCGUCCUCGCUAG